AUGGCGACGCUCUCUAGCGGCAGUUUCUCGCUCGCGCCCACUCUAGGUGCUUGCUACAUAGGGACUGUCUUUGCAGCGAUUCUGUAUGGGGUCACUAAUGUACAGACGUAUAUGUAUUAUAAGCGUUACAAAAGGGAUCCCACCAUUUUGAAAUUUCUGGUCUUCAUCUUGUGGGUCCUUGAUGGACUUCACCAAGCAUUCAUUACGCAUGCCUUCUACAAUUAUGCCAUUAUAGAUUUCGCUGAUCCGUUGGCAGCCAUGGUACCGGAAUGGAGUGUGAUGGCUCAUGUAUUCGUAGGAAGCACAAGCGAUACAAUUGUCAGAGGACUAUUCUGCCAGCGUGUGUUUCUGUUGAGCGGUAGGAAUUAUCUAAUCACCGUGGCCAUUGCAAUUGGCACACUCGUUGUAUUUGGCAGUAGUUAUGCAUUUGGUAUCAAGGGAUUUUCGCUGUCGGACUACUUCGAUCUCACUAGCAUCACAUGGUUCAUAUACACAAGUCUCAUCUCUGGUAUUGUCACCGAUCUCCUCAUUGCGACAUCGCUUUGUGUUCUCUUGAGUCAGCGGCGCACUGCUUUCAACAGGACCAACUCAGUCAUCAGGCUGCUCAUGAUUUACAGCAUCAACACCGGGGCUCUGACAACUAUCUGUUCCAUUAUAUGUCUGGUAAUCUAUGCGACGAAGCCAAUUAGCACAAAGUUCGUGUUUAUAGCUGUAUACUUUGUCCUACCGAAACUGUACUUAAAUUCGUUGCUCGCGACGCUCAAUGCAAGACAGAGUCUUCGAGACAGGAAGGCUUACACUAGCAGCGGAGGAUCGUUUCCUCUCAAUGCGCGACCAACAGGUACUGGGUCCAACAACGGAUUCAGCAUGAAACCAGAUGAGCGGAUCGUUGAAGUCCAGAUCCAGACUACCACAGACACACUGGCUGAUCCAGCUUUCAGUCCUACUGGGAAGGGGAGCGAAAUUUGGGUGUAA